AUGACUCAAGAGACCAAGAAGCGCAGCCGCGUCUACUUCGACCUCACCAUCGGCAAGAAGCCCGCCGGCCGCAUCAACUUCGAGCUCUACGACGACGUCGUGCCCAAGACGGCCGAGAACUUCCGAUGCCUCUGCACCGGCGAGAAGGGUCUGGGCAAAGCCGGCAAGCCCCUCACCUACAAGGGCAGCAGCUUCCACCGCGUCAUCAAGCAGUUCAUGAUCCAGGGCGGCGACUUCACCGCCGGCGACGGCACCGGCGGCGAGAGCAUCUACGGCGCCAAGUUUGAGGACGAGAACUUUGAACUCAAGCACGAGAAGCCCUUCCUGCUGAGCAUGGCCAAUGCUGGACCUGACACCAACGGCUCGCAAUUCUUCGUCACCACCACCGAGACCCCGCACCUGGACGGCAAGCACGUCGUCUUUGGCGAGGUCAAGUCGGGCAAGUCGAUCGUGCGCCAGAUCGAGAACCUACGCACCCAAGGCAGCGACAAGCCGGUGCACGACGCCACCAUCACCGACUGCGGCGAGCUGACGGGCGCGGCCCUGGACGCCGCCUCGGGGGGUACCAAGGCGCCCGACGCCCUGGGCGACAAGUACGAGGACUUCCCGGAGGACGAGACGGCGAGCGGCGACCUCGACGCCGCCAAGGUCCUGCAGAUAGCCAGCGACUGCAAGGAGUACGGCAACAAGGCCUUCAAGAGCGGCGACGUGCUGCUGGGCCUGGAGAAGUACGAGAAGGGGCUGCGGUACCUGAACGAGGACCCCGACACCAAGGAGGCGGCCGACGGCGUCCCCCAGAAGCUCGACGCCCUGCGCUUCACGCUCAACUGCAACGCGGCACUGCUGAACAUCAAGCUCGAGAACUGGGAGGACGCCGAGCGUAGCGCCGCCGCCGCCCUCGCCGUCAAGGACAUCUCGGAUGCCGAGAAGGGCAAGGCGCUGUACCGACGCGGCGUCGCCCUCGUGCGCAUGAAGGACGAAGAGGCGGCCGUCGCGGCUCUCGAGGAGGCCAAGAAGCUGGUCCCCGGUGACGGCGCCAUCGUCAAGGAGCUCGACACCGUCAAGAAGCAGGCCGCCGCCCGCCUAGCCAAGGAGAAGGCUGCCUACAAGAAGUUCUUCGACUGA